AUGAAGAAAUCCGUAAAAGAACAACACAGUGCAUCAGAAUCAGAAGCUGAAGAUGUUGUUAUAGAAAGAGAUAGUGAUUUUGAUGAUGAUGAAGAAGAAGACGACUUCAGAGGGAAGGUAUUCAACUUAAAAUCUAAAAGCAAUGCUCCUUUCGACCACAAUGUAUCAGAUGAUGAAGUACAAGGAGAAGACGAGGACGACGAUGAAGAAAAGAUAGAUACAAAUGAUGUUGAGGAACUACCGGAAGAUUUUGAGGAAAUCGAAGAUGAUGUACCAGCUACUGAGUCUAAACUCAGCAAGAAGUUAAAGAAACUUACUAGUAAAGAAUUGGCCAAAGAGCAGAAAAGAAUAAAGAAAACCGGGGUAUGCUAUCUUUCUAAAGUUCCUCCAUACAUGAAGCCAGCUAAAUUACGUUCUGUGUUGUCUAGAUUUGGUGAAAUUGAUAGAUUAUUUUUGAAACCAGAAGAUCCAAGUGUAUAUCACAAAAGAGUCAAAUAUGGAGGGAACAAGAAAAAGAAUUUCACUGAAGGAUGGAUUGAGUUUGUAAAUAAAAAAGAUGCUAAACUAUGCGCAGCAACAUUGAAUGGGAAUAAACUUGGUGGUAAGAAAACAUCUUAUUAUUAUGACGACAUCAUCAAUAUUAAAUAUUUACUGGGCUUCAAAUGGCUUGACUUGACACAACAAAUAGCCAAGGAGAAUGAAGUAAGACAAGCCAAACUUGCUUUGGAAUUAUCUCAACAACAAAAACUUAACAAGGCAUUUGUAAGCAAUGUUGAAAAAUCCAAGAUGAUUUCAAAUAUUCAAAAGAAGAGAAAAACUACCGGUGAAGACGAACCUAUUAGAAGAGACUUCAAACAAAGGAAGGUGGCCACCUCUAGAAGUGAUGCAAAAGAGGAACUUAAAGUAAAAUCAAAACCAAAUGAAAAAUUGAAUGAUAUUUUAUCAAGAGUUUUUUAG